CGAGACCCGUUGAGAACUGUGCUCUCUGUCGCUGUGCUUCAACGGAGUAGAAAUAAACAAAUCAUUGAAACCUAAAGAUUUGGUUUCCUUUAACAGCACGCGCGCUGUCAGGGCUACAUCGGCAGAGUCCAUGAGACACCGCUCACGUUGUGACAAACGGUGAGGAUAGGGUGCUCGUCUGGGAAGACGUGGAAAAGUAACUAAGCUCGAUCGGCCACAGGUAGCUCCUUCAGCUCCUAAUAUCAAAGUACAGGUCAUGCGGGUGUCUCCGGACGGGGGGAGAACUGUGAUCCAGUGGUGCCGCUGCUAGUCGCCCCGGUGGACCGAUCGCUUUUGCCGCAAGCUUAGCAGUAACGACGGAAUAAUGUCCCGAAGAAAACAGAGCAAACCCCGGCAGAUCAAACGCUCACUUGGAGAUCUUAAUGGAAGUGAAGAUCCAUCUGAUGAUGUAAGCAUGUCGGGAGAGGAAGGCGGAGCCUCGGACCAGGAGGAUUCUGCAGAGUGCGAUGGUUCAAGUCCCUCCUCAUUCCCACCUCUUUAUAAUGAAGAGCCAAGAACGCACGAGUCGCUGGCGGUGCCAGAUGAGUGUGAAGAGGAUGAGAAAGGACUCCUUCACUGCUCUGAAGAAGAGGAGGAGGAAGAGACCGAGGGAGAAGCCGAACCUCACUGGAACGGCCCAGAUGAUCUUAUGCUGAGCGGGGCUGCUGAUGACCUCAAGGUCUUGGCCCUCAGGGAUCUGCCGGCUGACACUGUGUGGGGUCCGUUUUCUGGCAGCGUCCAAUCAGAGGAGCCCACCGAUGGAACUACCAAUGAGGAGAACUGCUCCGAUAAACCCUGCCACCCACUGCUCUCCAUCCCACUUUUUUGGGGGGGUACCAGCCUCCCCCCACAACCUCCGCCACCCCACAAAGGACACGUCAAGAGCUCUUUCAUGUCUUUGGAGUGUGAAGACGCAGACUACUGGCUCCGGAGAAUACCUGUGACCUCACGCCCCACAGAGUCAAACUGCACCAUCUACAGUCAGGGAGGAGCAUUAUUCUGUAAGCUCACACAGGACCUGUCCAGCGGCAAUGCACUUGUGGCGAUGCUGUCCUGCUCUACUGCUGAUCAGUCGAAGACGAUACAGACGGGCGCUGUACGGGUGAAGGAGGAGCCUGCGUAUCCCGCUGCUCUGCACUCAGAGAUCCAGCUCCUCCCACAGCAGGCUGGCAUGGCUGCCAUCUUAGCAACUGCCGUGGUUAACAAAGAUAUUUUUCCAUGCAAAGACUGUGGAAUCUGGUACAGAAGUGAGAGAAAUCUCCAGGCCCAUCUCAUGUACUACUGUGCGAGCCGGCAGAAGCAGCAGACCCCUGCCUCUCCUCCACAGGAUAAGCCUAAAGAUUCAUACCCCAACGAGAGGCUGUGUCCCUUCCCACAAUGCAACAAAAGCUGCCCCAGCACCAGCUCUCUGGAGAUCCAUAUGAGAACUCACAGUGGAGAGCGCCCGUUUGUGUGUUUGAUUUGCCUGUCGGCUUUUACCACUAAAGCGAACUGUGAGCGGCACUUAAAGGUCCACACAGACUCACUGAACGGUGUGUGUCACGGCUGUGGUUUCAUCUCCACAACACGAGACAUUCUGUAUAGUCACCUGGUCACGAGUCACAUGGUUUGCCAGCCUGGAUCUCACAGUGAGGUGCACUCACCCAAACUGCCUACAGGCUUGAGUCCAGGAGACUCUGGAAUUGUUCUGAAAUGUCAAGUGUGCGGCUACUCCGCAGAAACACCUGCCCUACUCCAGCAGCAUGUCCACACACACCUAGAAGUGAGGGUUCCAGCUGAAAGAAGCCCAACACCUCGUCAAAGCAGCCCCCCCUCCUCUAAGCUCCCAGACCCUCUGGAUGGAGAACCUGCUGCCUGCGUGUCCAGACCAGACUCAUCCAGCCCAGGUGCCAACGGCAGCUCUGCCUCUCAUGGCUGCAGUCCCCUGAACCAACUCAACAUCAAAGAGGAACCACGGUCAGAUUAUGAAACCGACUCAAAGGAGGAAGAAAGAGUAGGCAGCCCUCAAGGAAAUGCUGUGAAGACGAGUUUGUCUCAGUCUACUUCACCUAAGAGCCCCUCGGUGGUGGCAGUUAAAGCAGAGCCCACCAGCCCCACUCCAGGUUCCAGCCCCGUACACCCUGGAACAGUCGGUUCGGUUCUCCCUGGAGGUGCGAUGUUCUUGCCGCAAUACGUGUUCAGUUCUGAGGCUGCCAUCAUGCCCCAAGCAUCCGAGAUUUUGGCUAAGAUGUCCGAGAUGGUCCACAGUCGGAUUAAACAGGGCCAGGGAGCAGCGGCCGGACCGCAGGCGUUCUACCCACCCGGUUCUCCCGCCAGCGUUCAUAAGGGAGCCACUUGCUUUGAAUGCGACAUCACCUUCAACAACAUCAACAACUUCUAUGUGCACAAGAGGCUUUACUGUUCCAGCAGGCAUCAGCAGGGGGAGGCUGCAGGCGUUUUGAAGGAAGGGGAAACCGCCACAGCCGCACCUCCCGCUGCUCACGCCACUUCACCUCAGGCCAGACCUGUGAGCCGCACGGCCUCGGCGUCGCCCAGCUAUUCCGACACUGCCCAAGGAGGCACGGCCUCAGAGCCCAAAACUGUUGAGGUGAAGAGUGAGGAACCAGGGAUGAAGGAUGCCACCUGCUCCUCUUCCUCAGAGGGGGAGGGGCCCGGAGGUGGACAGGUGAGUGAGGGAAGCCAUAGCCCGAGUGGGUCUGCUGAAGAUCCAGAGGACGAACUAACUCGCACAUUCUGCCAAGCCUGCAACAUUCGUUUCAGCCGGCACGAAAACUACAUCGUGCACAAGCGCUUCUACUGCGCCUCAAGACAUGACCCCUCCAAACAGCGGUCUCAUUCUGGCAAGACCGCCUUCCUGCCCCAACCUAUCCGCACACGUAAGCGCAAGAAGAUGUAUGAGAUCCAUAUGGCUCAAAGCGAGGCUUUGGCCAAUGCCGCUUUGACGGCAGCAACUGGGCUGGGGGUGAAACAGGAGAUUACUUCCGUUCCUCCGCACUCCCAGGUGUCUGUGACCUCCAGUCCUGAGGGCGAUGGCCCCAUCGACUUGAGUAAAAGACCCAGACUAAGAGAGAACCCGAGAGGGACCAGCGUUCCCGCCGUGCCCCUUACCGACUACCACAAGUGUACCGCCUGCAGCAUUAGCUUCAACAGCAUUGAAAACUACUUGGCACACAAGACCUACUACUGCCCAGCGACCACCCUACAGCCCCAAACGCUGGAGCAACUCAGCCGACUAAAGAGACCCGCCUCCACCUCACCCAAGAACCCAUCUGAGUCCACCCCUCUUAAUGCCGCUCGUGGAGCGAAGUCCCCCAGCACCCCUCCAGUGGUCUGUCCAUACUGCCCUCCCAACAGGCAGCUGACCUGCGACCUUGUAGAGCAUUUCAAAAUGGCUCAUGGUCUAGUGAUCACGCUACAGCAACAUCCCGAGACGCAUUCGGCUGGAGUCAGUCCGAGUCUGAGCCCACUUGAUGCAGCCCCUCUCACCCCUCCUAAACCGAGCCCCCGACCCCAUAGGGACAACGUGAACGGCCGGAGCAUCAAACUAGAAGCCACCUCUCCCUCGUCACCUGUGCUUAAUGGAAACCCUCUAGAACAGCAAUCCGUAGGGGCGUCUACCACUGACCUGUCUCCCACCAGAGUUCCUUUAACUGUGUCACCUGUGCCUGAGGUGGGGCAGUUAGGCCACGCCCUCAUUCCCGCGCUCGUUCCUGAAAAGGCGGCCUUGUCGCUAAGCCACGUCCACACGGCUCCAGCCAUGCCCAAAACGCCCCUCGCCUCCCCCCUGCAGAAUGGAAACACGCGCUACUGCCGGCUGUGCAACAUCAAAUUCAGCAGCCUGUCCAAUUUCAUUGCACAUAAAAAAUACUACUGUUCCUCCCACAGUGCCGAACACGUCAAGUGAGUCUACGCGGUCACUUCUGCCAUUCCUCUAAUGCAUAGAAGUGCCAAUCACGGCACCGCCCGACCUCAUACAGACAGCGCGACAGCAGAACUGUUACUAGCCAGACACAGAGGUCUCUGUGCCGACCCCUUUGUUUCUGGUGAUGUUACUUACGGUAACUUAUUACACGUUAUGGGUCAAGUUUGUAUUACACUAAGAGAUGAGACUACCUGCUCACAGAAUACGCCCCCGAUUUCCUAUUUUCACACACAUGCAAACUUUUUUCUUUCUGGAGUUUUACAAUUCUGAAGGUGCAUUUGCCUAUUAUUUGUUUUGAAAUGUGUUUAAUCAAUGUUCGAGCUUGUUUUAAUUGAUGACAUUUGCCUGAGCCAUGCUUGUUUUUGUUUAUCAUUUUAUUUCCUAAAUCACUGAUUUAGGGUCACAGCUUACCCCUACUGGAGGUCUUUAUAUACCUCGGCCUGUGAAUCUUCAGUCAUUCUUUAAAAACUGAACAACUCAGAUUUAAUUAGCAUCUGGUUGCCUGUUCAAAUUGAAAGAUUUUGAAUUGUAAAAAAUGUGAAGUUGUUUUAAGUCCUCAUGCAUUCAGUUAAAUACUACCUAUUUUCCUAUUAUUAAGUAGUACUUUUUAUUUGUCAUACUGUCAAAAAGAAACAUUUCAAUCUUAAUGUGAUAUAGUUUCUGGAAUAUGUGUCAUGUUUUUCACAUCAAUCAUUGGGACUUGAGAAGUAAAUAUGUAAGUGUUGUUGUAGUAAGACAUGCACACCGUCUGUGUCAGUAUUUGGUCAUGGCUCCCAAACAGGCAUUUAUUUAACAGAUGGCUGUGCUUUCUGAAUCUUUAUAAAGGACUGUGAUGAAGUUGCCGGGUUUGGAUUUUGAACAGUGUAAGAUGUUUGUUCUCUGGUUACCAGCUCCCUUCAACUCGAAACAUUCUCUGCUUCAAAUUCGAAAGACUUUUGACCUAAAAAAAAGUGUCUCUGGGCGAAUUUGACUCUUUUUUUAACCUGAAAAUGAAGUAUAGUAUAGAAAAGACGCAUAUCAUUGUCUUGCACACUGUCGAGCGAUGUUGAAGGGCACUAUAAGCGAGAGAAUUGAAAACUGACUCGAUCAGUAAGGUUUUCCUGGCAGCCGGAUUGCUUUGUUUCUCUUUCAUUUUUGCAUUCUCUGACUCGCUGUUUAAUUUUCCUCCGGACUUGCGUAAGUUAAACUACAGCGUCAUGCAAUCUGUCCUUGCGAGCUGGCUACCCUGGCAAAGCCUUAACAAAGACUCUCGUCAACAUGUCUGCAUUCUGCAACAACGGGUCACCAACUUCCACAAUGAUCCUCAAUCUACCCCACCAAGUGGACUUUGUGUAUGUUACCAGUGAUAUUUCCAUUUUCCUUGUUACAAAAGCAACCUAGACAGGAAAACGCAGUUUGAAUUUCUCUCGGUUGUGGGUUUGAAACGGUGCUGUAACUGUUGUCAAUUCACACAGAGGCGUUUACAAUUCCAUCGUUUAAUCAUUUAGCAACUGUCACAAAGUCCAAAAGAACAGUGCUGAAUGCCCUAUUUUGACCUUUGCUAAUUCCUUUUCUAUUGCACUGUGUUGUACAAAAAAUGCUGAAUGUUUAGUUUUAGAAGCUUUUUUGUAAUGUAUUUAUGUUUUUAAAGCACUUUUUCUUGUCCUGAACCCGUCCCCGAAGGACUUACUCGUGAACAUUCUGACACAAGUGAAAGAUAAUUAAAAUAUUUUGUGAAUAAUUAAAAAUGUUGAUGGAAAAGUAAUGAAUGUCAAACAUUUUCUUUGGGGUUGUUUAUUUCAGCUACAAGAAGUUCCACUACACAUUUUUGUCCAAACUAUGCAUGGGAAAUAAAGAGUCCAGAAGGAC